GAAAAAAAAUAUAUUGAUGAUUCACGAAAAAAAUUUAUUGAUUUAUGUAAAAAUCAUUAUGCUCCUAUUGAAAAUGAAACAUCUAAUUUAGAAGAACAUUUUACAGAUGAUCUUUUAUUACAUAUAUAUAAAAAACGACAUGUUGAAAAUAAAAGUAAAACUGAACAAUAUUUAGAAGCUCAACUUGCUUCUAUAAAAACUAAUGUACUACAAUGGUAG